GUCUUUUCACUCUGCUUUCGAUUGUCGACAAUUUCCUCCAUUUUGAAGCUUUUUGAGGCGAUUGGAGAUGGAGUAGCCGGUCCGGUGAGGGGUCGACGACAAGUGGGUCGCCGGAGAUCUCCUUUAUCAGAUCUGUGGUUUUGGUUGUCUGGAGAUUGAUAAAACUGUAUAAAAAGUGUUUUAUGGUGCCCAGAUGAGCAGAACUGAUGCUAUUGGCAGUGGAAGGAGGAGGAUUUUUCUCUUCUUCAGCUUCUGGGUAUAGCAAGGGCCUCACCCUUCUUCUCUUGGGUCGGAAGGACGAAGAGAAACCCAUGAGAGUUUCUCCGUGGAAUCAGUACCAGUUGGUGGACCAAGAAUCCAAUCCUGAUCUCCAGCUGGCUUCUGGGAAGAACCGGCUUGUCCGCGGGUGCGCCUCCUUUGUCUGCUUUGGUCGCGCUGCCGCUGGACUUGAGAGCCCAUCUCCUCUUAAGGUGGGACCCACCCAACAGCAGAACGUCUUGUCAGGGUCUCCCAUUUCUGAGAACAGCAAGGACCAUAUCCAUACUGCUGAGCUGAUCAACAAUGAUGAUAGUGCGCAAAGGAUUGCCCUUAAGAGUAGCUUGAAGAAGCCAACCAGUAACCUCCCAGUUUCUGGGGGAGUUGAUAAUGAACGUGAGGCAUUAUGUGAAAAGGAUAGUGAUGUACCUGAUCACAAUGAGAGGAGGAAAGUGCAAUGGAUAGAUGUGUCUGGGGGAGAUCUUACUGAGAUCCGGGAAUUUGAGGCCAGUGAGGCUGAUGGAUCAGAUGACGAAUUUGACAAUGGGAGUGAGAGUGCUUGUUCAUGCAGUAUAAUGUAGGUUGAUUCGUUAAAGGAACAUGAUGCGGACUCCAUUUUUGUUAAAAUACUGGGAGGCAAUGAUCGAGGCAUUCCAUGAGCUACUAUUGACAGGCAUGCUCAUCUCUGCCUUGUUUGGCUAAAUGCCUUGUUUGGCUAAAGUGUGAAUUUAACAAUUGAGAAUUGGAGUCCACCUGAAAUACUGGGAUCACAAGGUUACAUGCUGGAUUUGCUUCAUUGGAUCUAUUAGUUGCGUCUUUAUUCCAUGGCGUGGAAUUCCAAUUUUUGUUGCUUGGGGCUUUACCUGUUUACUUUUGAUGUUCAUGUUCAUAUGGGUGACUAUCAUUACUUAUCCCAAAAAAACAAGUACUUUAUUGUUUAUUUUUUCACAUAAUUAACGUGUCAUCUUUG